CCAGACAGUAUAUGCUGUGGAUUUCAGUGCUUCGAAGCAGUUCAAUGCACGAAUGCGCGUAAGUACGAGAGUAGUUGAGAUAAUAGUGAGAUAAUCUUUUUCACUUGCAAUUUGAAACAGUACGUUCUCUUGAUUACGGAUGUUCGGUUCAGAAAUAUCGUAAACAGUGUAACACGAGGAGAAUACAGUCGUCGUUCAGUCGGAAAACACUUCAACCAGACGUUAUAAGUGCGUUGCCCGAGAAAUGCACGUGCUUCGAUAAAUUUACAAUGGGACAAACCGAAUCGACCAAGUAGAUUACAAAAAAAAUGCUCAACAAAACAAACGAACGUGCAAGUAGAAAUUGAUCUAUUGGAUAAUCAGCGUCGGCUCUCUUUUUUAAAUGGAAUCAUUCGAAACAACAUCCCGGAAAAUCGAGACAAAGGAGCCUGUCAUCGAAAAGAGAUGUCGGUGCAUCGUGUGCCUUAAAUAUUACGAUAAUGGCCUGGCCAUGGUUCAAAUAUCGGUGUGAUUCACGUUUCUUAUUGAAUGAAAGACGGUCAUCAGCGUGUCAUGGAGGACGGUGGUCAAGUGCAUUCUAGCACUCUUCUUGAGGAAACCUUUUAUGUCACGUCCAAGAAAAACACCUACUACAAGGUGAGACUAACGGAGAAGGGUCUCAGUCUGGAGAAAGACAAUAAUGGUGCGACGAAGGUCGAAACGAUCGUUCUAAACGACAUAAUUGGAUGCAGAUGUAUGCGUUCGAAACGUAAAAACGCGGGAAGCUGUGUCUGUGGGCCAGGCUCCUCGAGAUCGCAGGUCAAACUCGUCGAAUCCGUUGAUGCUUUUCCGUGCUAUGACGAGUCCGACACCUCGGCCUAUCUUUAUAUUUACGCUUACACAUUGAAAAAGGUCCGCAUGAAAGGCGUGAAGAGACGGGAAAGAAUGACGAUCACUCUACGGUUUCGCAGCUUCGACAAGUACGAGGAUAAUCUACGUGAGGCUAGCAGGUGGCGAUUAGCCAUCAAAUGUCUAAUUGCUGGCGUGCCCGUUCCGAAAAGCUUCAUGAGUCCCACUCACGAGAACCUUGAAUCGUUGAUCAAUGCCUGUCCCGGUGAACAGCGAAAGCUCCUGGUCUUGCUAAAUCCGAAGUCGGGACCCGGAAGGGGCCGCGAAACGUUCCAGAAGAGGAUCCAUCCGAUUCUAUCGGAAGCGGAGCGGCCUUACGAGGUUCACAUCACCAAGUGUUCCAAUUACGCUCGCGAGUUUGUGCGUACGAGGGACAUUUAUCAAUGGAGCGGUCUGCUGAUGGUCGGGGGCGACGGUAUCGUGUUCGAGGUAGUGAAUGGGCUUUUUCAAAGGCCCGAUUGGGAAAAGGCUCUCAGGGAAUUGCCCCUCGGCGUGAUACCGUGCGGCUCCGGGAACGGGUUGGCGAAAUCCAUCGCGUACGCCAAACAGGAGCCAUACGAUUACAAUCCACUUCUGGUUAGCGCUCUCUCCGUGGUAAAGUUCAAGAGAGCCCCAAUGGACUUGGUGCGCGUGGAGACCAGGAACCAGAUUCUAUUUUCAUUUUUAUCCAUCGGCUGGGGCCUUCUCGCCGACAUUGACAUUGAAAGCGAACGUCUGCGUGUGAUCGGCGGCCAAAGGUUUACCGUAUGGAGCGUCGCACGUCUGAUAGGGUUAAGAACGUACAAAGGCAAAGUGUCGUACUUGCCCAGCGAUAAAGUACCGUCCGUUGAAAGUUUAGGCAAUGGCAAGGCCUACAACGAAUACGCGAAGGAGACACAGAUAUCGCAUUCCAGGAGUUACGGUGACGAUUUAGACCGAUGUAGCAGGAUUAGCGAAUCGAAAAGUUUCCACGACGCGCUCGACGGAGACACUGCUAUUUUGGACGGAACCUUCGAUGGCUGUGAAGAUAAUGAAAUCAUAAGUGAAAGUAUUACUCUAGAAACGGAAGCGGAGAGAAGACAAAGGCUAGAUAGCUUUUAUUCCGUGACCUCUGCAAGGUCGACCUACUAUAGUGCGGGUUCAAUUUCUAGUUAUCACAGCAUCGACGAGCCUGAUAAUGGGGAAGUCGAUGCAGAAAACAACAUUAACCAAAUUAUGUACGGUCCAUCGUCGAGGUUGCCUGCUUUGACCGCAGAAGUGCCAAGUUCCUGGACGCAAAUUGAGGGGGAGUUUGUUAUGGUUCAUGCGGCGUAUCAGUCACACUUGGGCCAGGAUUAUUUAUUCGCGCCUCGUGCCAAAUUGGCGGAUGGUCUUAUUUGGCUCAUAAUAGUUAAAGCCGGAAUCACUCGAGCCAAUUUACUCCAGUUCCUGUUGGGUUUAAGUAGUGGUACACAUCUGACACGUUCUGGCAUCGACAUGAUACCCGUAAAGGCAUUUCGAAUAGAACCAGAGGAAGACGUAAAUGGUCAUAUAACUGUGGAUGGAGAAAGAGUAGACUAUGGACCCUUGCAAGCUGAGAUAUAUCCGUCUUUAGCAUCGGUAAUGUCUCCUUGAUACAAAUCAAGGCAGUCAACUUUAUAAAGAACUAGCAAUGGAAUCAAAUGGUACAAUCCUAGAAGUUCAAUUAUAUGGUAGCAGCAUGGUCCAGGCGACAAUACUGUAUUAAUACAUUAAUAUGUGCAUUCGGGGUUGGUACUUUAGUUCAAAAUCGUGAUAGGUGUAUAUUUAUAGACUGUGAAACUAAUAAAAAAAAACAACAUUCCACGCAAUGUACUCGUGUAACUAUUAUUUAACGAAGUCGAACGUAACAUAUAGUUUGUAUAAACUCGAUUGUUAUUUCAUAGAGUUUUAAUAUUUAUAUAUGACAUCGUCCAAUAGUGCUCGUUAACUAGUGACUCUCGAUUAAAUUUGUUAACUAAAAGCGUACCGUUUGGACAGUUUCCUGUAUAGCGCACAAUAGUGUAACUUGAAACAUUCCACAGGCUUCGUGCUAGUUAGCAAGUACUAUUGUUAAGCUUACAGCGUAAGGGUCGGAUUGUAUGUUUUCCUUCCUAUCAUUUGCCAGGGAAGGUCAUUGAAACUUGACAAGUUAAUAAUCACUUUCGUGUUCAAGAGUAUUAGGUAUCUAUAGAAUUUCAAAGUAUUUCUGUUAGAAUUUUGGUAAAUCUGAACCUCAACAUAUAAGAAGUAGAACUGAGGAAAGAUAGUGAUGUAAAUGUUAUGAUUUGGGAUUAUCACUGAUUGGAGACAUGAUUUGCAAUAAAUUUAGAGUGAUUUAAAAUUAAAUAGUGGUUCAUUGGGAACAUGUACCACACGUGUCUAAUACUUUUGAACACGCCUGCAUUUCUGAAACAAUUGUAUAGUGUUAAUACAUUGUGGCUUCCAAUAUUAGCGCAGCACAAGGACUAAAAUAGAUCAGAAACAAUUUAACUUUAUACAAAUAUUCUGAUUUUGUAGCUUAAAUGCGUUUUAUCGACCAGUGGGUUGUAUUGUUGCUUGGUCUAAUGUCAGCGAUACAGUGUUGAUUUCACAGCAAUAGUGCUCAAAUCUUAUACAUUGAGCAAAGCGCAUUUACUAUUAAAAACGGCCGUCUUUCCGUACAAGUUAGAGUUACUAGCUUCUCAUCUUACGCUCAUAUUUAAAGUAUUUUUUCAGAAUACUGUUAACUACUUUAUCUGAUAUAAGAACAUAUCAUGUUUAUUAAAGUAGUAUGGGAAACGUUAAAGAUGUCAUACCUAAAUCAUAAGAGCAUGGUUAUUACCUAUAGAAGAUUUGUAAAUAAAAGAAUGUUUAAAACGCAAGAGAA